AUGACUGAUGAUUCUAGUAAAAAUUUCAGUCAAAAUGAAUCAAAGUAUAAACCCAAAAGACAAAAAAAUGACGAGUCACGUUAUAAUAUAAGUAAGAGGUUAAAUACUGUGAUAGAUUUAUAUAUACCAAUAACAAUUUGUAUUGUUUGUGCACUUAUCAUAGAAAAAUAUCUAGAACCAUUCUCAAAUGUUGUUAGUUUAAUUAAUGUAAUUAUGUAUGGUACUGUUGAAUCUAUUACAAAAGCCAAAGCUUCACAAUAUAACGGAUCAAUGGAUUCUAUUCCAUCUAUAACAAAAAUGAUAAUCAUUGCAGUAUGCUUUAUAGGAUUUGUUGUUAUCAUGACCUCAUUACUUGUAUUUCUUUAUGUUAAGGGAUAUAGAAAAUGGAUUGAAUAUUUUUUUUGGGUACAACUUUUUGUUAGUUUUAUGGUUACAGAAACAAAAAUUAUAGCUUCAAUAUUUACAUAUUUUGAAAAACCAAUUGAUGAUGUGUUAAUUAUACUAAUUUCUACCACAUUCAGUAUUAUAGGUGUAUUUUCAAUCAAUGGAUUUGGACCUCGAAAAUUAAGACAAUUCUUUCAUAUUACCUUAGGAGUAAAUAUUUCAUUAUUGCUUGUCUCAAUGCUUCCAGAAUGGAUUACUUGGUUAAUCCUUUUACUGAUAUCUAUAUGGGAUCUUGUUGCUGUUUUAUGGAAAAAAGGACCUCUGAAUAUUUUAGUUAAUACAGCAAACGACAGAAAUGAAGAAAUAUUUAAUGCUUUAGUAUAUUCUUGUAUGGCAUAUCCUGAAAGUGCAAAAGAAGACAUUACUACAAAGAAUAUAAAAAUUAAUAAAGAUAAAAAUGAGGAUAAUAAUACAAAGAAAAGUAUAAAAGAAAUAGAAAAAGAAUACAUAUAUAUAGAAGAAGAGGAAGAAGAAACUAAUGCAAAAUUAGGAAUGGGAGAUUUUGUUUUCUACACUUUAAUUAGUGUACAUGUCAGCAAAUACGACGAUCCAAUAUCACUGGUCAAUUGUUUUGUAGCAAUAUUAUCUGGAUUAACCAUGACGAUGUUUAUUUUGGUAUAUUUCAAGCGUGCUUUACCUGCUCUUCCAAUAUCAAUAUUUAGUAGUAUUAUAUUUUUCUUUGGAACAUAUUACUUAGGUUCACCUUAUUAUACAGAAAUAAUAGAUAAAAAUAUUGUUAUUUAA